AUGGAUGCUGAAAAGUACAAGAAUGUCACCGUUCGUCGCGGAUACAAGUAUCACUACUACUACUCCCCGGCCACCGCCGGUAAGCCAACGUUGCUCUUCAUCCAGGGCUUUCCGUCCACCUCUUUCGACUGGUCGCGCCAAGUCGCCCACUUUACCCCUCUCGGCUACGGCGUCCUCGUUCCCGACUGCCUCGGAUACGGGGGCACGUCGAAGCCGACGGACUGGGCCGAGUUUCGCCACAAACUCAUCGCGGACGACUUGGUCGAUGUCGUCGACACCGAGGGCCUCGCCGACGUUGUCGCGAUUGGACACGACUGGGGAACCGCGCUUGUGUCGGCGCUGGUUCACCACUACCAGGACCGCUUCCACGCGUUCGUGUGGCUGGCGGCCGCAUAUUUCCCGCCCAACCCGCAUGCGUUCGACCUCGAGCAGAUGUGCGCGACGCUCAAGGAGGCUACCGGGAGCGAACUCUUCGGGUACUGGAAGCUCUUGACCGCGCCACACGGUGCAAGGCUCAUUGAGGAAAAGAUGGACAGUUUCUUGCAGUUGCUCUACGCGGCGGAUCCAGAUGCGUGGAUCGAACAUUUCUGCCCCAGCGGCGCGAUCGACAAGUGGCUUGCAGAAGACCGCAGGCCAGGGCUCCCGAAGUGGCUCUCUGAAGAUGAAUACAAACACAUCCGCAACGUUCUGCUGGAAGGAGGGAUGACGUCACCGGUCAAUUAUUACAAAGUCGCUGCGAACAACGGAAACUUGGCCGAUCACAAGGCUCUCCCGGAGGAGCAGUGGUACAUCAAGAAGCCCGUGCUCUUCUUCGCGGCGACUCUCGACCACGUCGGUCGCCACGCGCCGAACGAGGAGACUCUCGCCAAGUAUGCGACCAACGCCGAGAUCAUCGAGCUCAAUGUCGGGCACUGGGUACAGUUGGAGGCCACCGACCAGAUGAACGAAGGUCUGCAACAAUGGUUGCUCAAGCUGCCGCCGGCUUCAGCGUCAUUGAUGUAG